AUGUUACUCUGUUUACAAUGUUGAAUGGUAUAUUGGCCCGUGAACCUCCAUUAAAUCAACUGGACUCUAUUUGGCAAACCCUUUAUUCACCAUCAGCUGAUCAACCCACCAAGGACAAUAUUGAGAUAAAACAAUGGUAUACUCUCGCCAAUAACACUGGUUGAUAUGGUACACAUAAUUGUUGAUCUAAUUGGUCUACUGAUUGUCCACCUUCUUGUUUACCAAUUUUUAAUCUCAACUAUUUUGGCUCAAUCAAUUUUCCGUGAUAUCAACAAUUCAUUCAGGGAAGACAAAAGGAUUCAAUCUUCAUCAUUAUCAAAUCACCAUCCAUCAUCUUCACCUUUACAUUCAACUACAUUGGCUCGUACAGAUAAAUCAGAGGAUAUCAUUUUGUACCGACGUUAUCGCUAUUGUAAUACAAUUGAAUUUAUUCGGACUGCCAACAAUCAUUGGAAACAUUUCCUUGCUCUAUUCAUUCUGUUCAAUUUUGUUCCUUCAGUAUUUCAAUUACAUUUUGUCCUCAACAAACAACUAGAUGGGCAACAGUUGGUUGAAUUGAUUUACCGUUUUUUGAUCAACAUUGCAGCCACUUACUUAAUAAUUAUCAAUGUGACACAAGUUAACCUUUUAUCAAACCAAUUUUAUGACGAUUUGUACCAAUUAACAUUAAAGGAGACUAACGAUCCAACUCGUCUAGAGGCUUUACUUUUCUUGGACAGAGUUGACCACGGAGAGGUUGGAUUCACUUUGAGCGAUUCAUUUCUAAUCACACCAAACUUUACAUCAAUCCUGUUUAUAUCUUUAAUUGUUCUCGUUUUUAUUUUACCUACAAUAGCCUAAUAUUGAUGAGGAGAAGCAGGAAAAGCAGUGAAAUACAUAAGUAAACUGUUGGCAAUAGGGACUCUUGAUUUCAUGUUGCUCCCAAAACUUCAGAGAUUGGGAAUGAAAUUUCAUUUGACUGUCAAAAUAAUUGAAUAAUAUUUUGAAGACAUUGUUUUUUGGUAAUUUUAAGUUAUUUUAAUGCGAUAAUCGGUUGAUCGUUUUUCAAAAAUUUUCAUAAUUUCCAUGCUUUACUAUUUUAAGGUUAUAAUAGAAAUGGGAAAUUACCUAAUUUUUCAAUGUUUCUCUAUGGGAAGAUAUAUUCACCAAUUGGUUGAUUAUUUUGUUCUUGUGUGAAUUAAAUUGUUUCGCUAUUAUUUUGACAGUCGAAUGAGACUUUUACCGCAAUUUGAAAUUUCUUUCUCAAUCCCUGAAGUGUAGCAUGAGCAACUUUUCCUGCUCAUCUCAUUUUCUUGGGUCUAACAAAAAGGUGUCACUACCUUACAGGGAGUCAAGGUUUAACCAUUGAAUAUAAACCAAAAUGAGAACAAGAUUCACUCCUAAUGUGUACUUAACGUUAAACUUGUUGUACCCUUGAUAUCGCCUAUGAUUGUUACAAUUAAAAGUGUUUAAAAGUGUUUUCAAUCAUCUUGUUUCGUUUUCAUCACUCAUACUCAAUCUCUUCUUGUUAUGGCUUCGAUAGCAGCUUUAAGUCGGGCUAAAUUUUCAAUCAAAAGCUACAGCGUUGAGCAUGGUUAUCCUUCUCGUCGGCGCUCUUUGGUUGAUGAUGCAAAAUUUGAAACUCAAAAAAAUCGUGAAGCGCGAUUAUCGUGGUUACAAGAGCAACGCCAGAACUCACAAGACACUGAUUUACCAGAAGAAGAGGUUCUUGUUGUUUCUGAGACAAAUAAUGACCAGGAAUUCAAUAAACCACAAAUUCAACACUUGUUGCUACGUCCGAAUGAUGGGACUUUCUCUAGUCUUCCAAGGAUUCUAAAAUUCAUUGAGACUUGCAAGGGUCACAUUGAGCACAUAGAGAGUCGAUGUAAUCGUGAUGAUCCAAACAUAAUGGAAAUAUUUCUUCGUCUUGAAAUAUCCUCAUCUGGCUUACUGCAUCUCAUGAAAUCACUAAGACAUGGAAAUCUUGCUCAGGCAGAAGUUUUGAAGGAACAGCUAAUCAGCAUUAAAGAUCCAUGGUUUCCUCGACACAUCAGUGAUCUUGACUUUUGUACUCACAUUAUGACCAAAUACGAACCUGAUUUAGAUAUUGACCAUCCAGGAUUUACUGAUAAAGUUUAUCGAGCACGGCGCAAGGAGAUCGCUCAAAUAGCUUUUGAUUAUCGAUGGGGACAACGGAUUCCUGAUGUUGAAUAUACUCCUGAUGAAAUCAAAACAUGGGGAGCUGUUUAUCGAAAGCUGGUUGAAUUGUAUCCAACUCAUGCAUGUCGUCAGCAUGUAGAAGUAUUUCAAACCUUGGAACGAGAAUGUGGUUAUAGUCCUGACUCAAUUCCUCAACUUGAAGCAGUUUCUAAUUUCCUAAGACGUAGGACAGGAUUCACUCUACGACCUGCAGCUGGAUUGUUAACUGCAAGAGAUUUUCUCGCAAGUCUUGCUUUCCGAGUUUUCCAGUCAACCCAAUACAUUCGACAUGGUUCUAAUCCUGACCAUUCUCCUGAACCAGAUUGUAUUCAUGAGCUCCUUGGUCAUGCUCCAAUAUUAGCUGAUCCAACAUUUGCCGAGUUUUCUCAAGAAAUAGGAUUAGCAUCACUUGGCGCUGAUGAUCAAGAAAUUGAGAGAUUUGCCACUCUUUAUUGGUUCACCGUUGAGUUUGGUCUCUGCAUGGAAGAUGGACGAAUAAAAGCAUACGGGGCUGGCCUUUUAUCAUCUUAUGGUGAACUUCAGCAUUCAUUGUCAGAUAAACCAGAGAAAAAACCAUUUGAGCCAGAAAAGGCCGCUGUUCAACCUUACCAAGAUGUUGAUUACCAGGGUCUUUAUUUUGUCGCCCAAAGCUUUGAAAAAGCAAAAGAACAGCUCAAAAAUUAUGUUUAUACCAAAUUGAAACGUCGAUUUGAUGUUGCAUACGAUCCAUUUACCCAAUCGAUAGAAGUUAUCAACAAUCUGGACAAGUUGAAAUGCAUUUCCAAGUCUCUUGAGUCCCAAUUGUCUCGUUUCAACGGAGCCCUUAACCGUUUGAGUCUGGCCAAGAAAUGAUUCAACCAGAAAUUUCAGCAAUAGUAGCAUUGUUUGAUAAUUCAACUAGUAAGCAACAUUAUAAAAUUUCAAUCUAUUUAUCUUGUUAAUGUUUUAUUGAUGAAUUAACGUGUUAUUGAAUUAUUGUGUGAUGCCUAUUAUAUUGUUUGAGCAUAAACUUAUUACCUCAUCUAUGCUGUUCUUGAGCAUUAUUUUAAUUUAUUUUGUUGUUAUGAAAAAUUAUCAAAGUUAAUAUGCAAUAAUAUCAAACUAAACUUUAGUUUGUAUCAAAAAAGCUUGAGCUUUUAAAUGAAAAUUGUAGUUGAAUGUAUUGAUAGAAACAAAAUAAUUAAAUUCGUUUACCUGAAAUAGUAUAACUAAUAUGAUUGCCGAUGAAUAUUACUCUAUUAUACUUUUAUUGGUCCGGAAAAUUAAGUUAAUAUUCAAUUAUUAACAUAUUAUUUGCUCAAUUAAUUUAUUGAUCGAGCAAAAUUUGAAAAAAGCAUGAAUAACAGAACGCGAAUGAAACAUGUGAUGAUGAUUUUUGGAGUAACCAUUGAAAUCGAUUUUAUUAGCCUAAACUAAAUCAAUAGAUGCACGCAAUACAUGUAUAUAAAUAAUAGUUUACUUUCCAUUCUCAUCUUCACCAUCAUUAUCAUCAUUCUGUCUCGAUAGUAAAAUCCUUCAGGAAAACCUUUUCAUUUCUCAGGCUUUCCUCUCAUUUUCAUCAUCAUCAUCAUGGGAAAUAGUCUUACAUGUUAGUGGAAAAAAGAAGACGAAAACUGUGGAUAGAAAUGAAAGAUGGAUAAUAAUAUAAAAAAGGAGUCUGACAAUGAGUAUUUUGUUCAUGGCAAAGACUUCAGCAAGUUGCUUCUCAUGUUGUAUUAUUAUGAAAAACACAGGAUAAAAAAAAGAGCCAAAGAUCGAUAUUUCUACUUUACUUCAAAUGUUUUGUUUUUACUCUAAAUUUUCAUGAAAUUUUCUCAUCAUGAAAUCAUCCCUUUUCAAUUGCUAGACAUCUUAUUACCUUAUUUUGUUUCUCAUAUUAUCUCAAUUCCCCGAAUCUUCAAUUUUUGCCUCUUGAAAAUAUUAAUAUGAAACAUCAAUUGAGAAAAUUCAACUCAACAUUAAAUUUGAUAUUUUUAUGCAUCUUUUCAAUCUGAUCAACUUGACAUUCGUGAAAUUUGAAUCAAGAGUCUAUUAAAUGUACCUUUUACAUUAAAUAAUCAAUAGUCAGAUUAAUUUUAAGGAUCAAAUGACUAUAUUGUAUUAGUCCAAUGACUACAACAAAAUAUCAAGCGAAGCACAGUUUGGUUGAAUCUGUAUCUCAAUUUCAUUGAGUAUUUCAUCUUUUCUAUUGACAUCUGUUUCUAUCACCAUUUUAAUCAUUGACAAUCUUGUCAGUGAAUAGUUGAUUUGUGUAAAUAGAGUUAAUCAACAAAUGAAACAGCAAUCAACAGGAGGUGUCACCAAAGAAAAAGAUUCAAUUUGAAUUUGGGAUUUCUUGGGUUGAAUCGCAUGAUUGAUGAAUAAUAAUGUAACAUUAAAAUACGUUAAGGAAUGGAUAAAUGUAUUAAUAAAAAUGAUUUUU